AUGUCCUCACGUGACACUCAUGAGGGGUCUGCGGCCAGAUCGCUGCCGCAACAUGAAGGCGGCGCGGCCAGUCACGACAGCAAUCCUGUUGUGCCGUCUUUGAGCCACCUCUCUCACCCCUACGCGGACGGCGACGGCGGCUCCGUCUUCGCAGACCCGCGCAGCACCUCCCUAGGCGGGGAGUCGCACCAAAGCGAGAUGGUGGCCGACCCGCUUGUACCAGAGAAGACCGGUAUCUCCGCGACCGUCCUGUCAGCGCAGCCUGCCGACCGCAGCUGCCGGCCCUUCUCCCCAUUGUUCCGCCACACUCCUUGUGGCUUCGGCAAUGUGAAGUGGAAAGCCUCCGAGGACAGCCACCACGACUUGACCGUGCCACCGUCUAACGUCAGAGUCGCUGACUGCUCACAGCCGCGGACACCGGAGAGCAUGGGACGCUAUCGCCACCACGACUUCUCAUCUGGGAGCCUCAGUACCUCCUUGUGCUACUCGGACUCCUUCGUGAACCAGACGUACAUCAAGGACCUGCCGCCGCACUUGUUGCCGCUGGCGCACGAGAUCCAUAAUCUAGGUGAAAAAGACCUCGUGUACAUCGCGGACGUCACGCAUACAAUGGCAAACCGAGACUUGUAUUCUCUACUGCCCUACACAGGCAGCAACUGGUUCCUGCCGUUGAUCCGCGAGUGCGACGAGGGUGAGAAGCACUGGGAGAUGCGCUACUGUUGGAAGGAGGGGCUCAUCGUCUCGAUCGGCGGACGCCGGCUGUCCAUCCGCGCGUUGAACAUAUUCAUUCGCAUCUGCUUUCUGGUGCUGGUAUGGUUCCUACUGUGGAACAUGCUCCCCCGCUGGCUCGUGGAGCCGGGCGGCUACGUCUGGGAUCCGGCGGUGCUCGUGGUCGUGUCCGCCAUCGUUGGCGGUCUCAUUUGCCGUGUCCUGCAGCUACCGCCACUCGUUGGUGUGCUGUGGGUGGGGAUCAUGUGGAACAACAUCCCCACGCUCAAGUACCUGACGCACGGCAUCGUGAAGGAGGUGUACGACAUCUGCUCGAAGCUCGGGCUCACAGUGAUUCUCGCCCGUGCCGGCUACAAGCUCGCCGUUAAGGAUAUCAUACCGCACUGGAAGCAAACGGCGCUGCUGGCCACGAUGCCGUUCGUGUUUGAGGGCAUCUCGCAUAGCCUCAUCGCGAAUAAGAUCUUUAACUACAACAACAACUACAACUGGGCGUUCCUGCAAGGCAUGCUGUGCAGCAUCGUGUCGCCGGCCGUUGUCGUGCCAGGUAGCUUGUACCUGCAGGACAUGGGCUACGGCUGCGGUGUAGGCCCGUUGUCGCUCAUGCUCUCGGCGGUGGGUAUUGAGAUCGUGAUCGGUGUGUGGUGCGCCAACUUCAUUAUCGGGCUGAUCUUUAAUGAUCAGAAGCUGGCUGUAGCAAUUGUGCUCGGCCCUGUGCAAUUUAUCGGUGGAAUCGGCAUCGGUAUCGGUCUUGGCAUUCUUUUCUUCUACGUGGUGGAGCUCAUCAAGCUGGAGGCGCACCGACUACCGAAUGGCAAGUACACCCGUGCACACCUGAACAGCUGCAUGGACUUUGCCUUCACCAUCUUUCUCCUCGUGUGCUAUGCGAUGGUGUUCUUCGGUUACAAGAUGAACCUCGCGGGAGGCGGCUGUGUCAUGUGCGUCUUUUUCUCCGCCACCGUGGCGCACAUGUGGUCACGGACACGCAGGAUGGAGCAUGAGGACCAUAAAAAGUACGUGGCGACGUGGCUCGCCAUGUCCUGGAACCAGGUGAUGAUGCCGGUACUGUUUGCCACAAUGGGGGCCAAGAUUGACGUCAAGGCCAUCUUCAACAGCAGCUUCUUUCCUAGGGCAAUCAUCUGCAUGGCGUGCAGCACGGUCGUGCGAUUCAUCGUGACCUUUGCGAUUCAGAUUGGAAGUGGCAUGCCGUGGAAAGAGAAGCUGCUGGUGUGCGUGGGGUACCUUGGCAAGGCUUCGGCGCAGGCCUCCGUAGGGCCCAUCGCAGCGAACCUGGUUGCAAACAUGAUUGCAGCACUGCCUGCAGGUGAGAAGCACUCCCUCGACACGAUGGCCGAGUACGCGAACAACGUGCAGCAAAUCAGCGCGAUGUACGUCAUGUUCAUGUCGGUUGUGGCGUCGUUCGGUCUCGUGCGAGGCGGUCAAUUAGUCUUGAAGCGCGAGCAAACGCCAGAGAAGCGGAAGGGGUGCCGCGUGAGUGGAAGCUCCUCGAGUGGGGACGCUGCCACCUCUGCUAUGGCCGUAGCCGAGAUGGUGCCCACCGUGGCGGAGACCGGCCAGCCCGCAUAUCCACUGCCGACAGCGCAGCAGCAGACCAACACCAGCCGCCAGUGA